AUGGACACGCAAAGAAUCAUCGAAUCCGUGAACUCAGAAGCACUGAAAACGGAUAUCCCUCGUUUCGAUAUUGGUGACAACAUCAAUGUCCAUGUUCGAAUCGUUGAAGGUCAGAAAGAGCGUGUCCAGGUCUUCUCGGGCACACUGAUCUCGCGUAAGGGUAGCGGCAUCAACGAGAUGAUCACUGUUCGUCGCAUCGUUGGUGAGGUCGGUGUUGAGCGUACAUGGCCAAUCAACUCGCCGUUGAUCGCGAAGUUCGAGGUUGUCCGCCGUGCAGAUGCUCGUCGUGCGAAGCUGUACUUCCUUCGUGAUCGCGUCGGUAAGUCGCGUCGUCUUCGCAACCGCCGUCGCGGCAUGAAGCAUGUCGAGGGCAUGGAAACCGUUCAGAAGUAA